CCCCGGAGGCCCGGCGGCGGGGUAACCCCCGCGGGCAGCGCUGGGAAGCACCUCCUUGGGGUUGCGGGGCGGCCGCCACCCACCGCCCCGAAAGUUUUUUCGGGGGCGGGCGGCCCUCCGGGCGCUGCGGGCCCCGGUGAGGAGGGGCGGCCUGCGUCCCGCGGGGUGGCGGCGGCGGCCCCCGGGGGGGUCGGUCCGGGUUGGCGAGAGGCAACCCCAGCCGAGGUUGCCGUGGCAGCUGCCGAGCUCCGGCGACACGGAGGGGUCGGGAGCCGCCGUGGCGUGGCGUGGAGGGGUCUGCCCGCUGUGCGGGGAAGCCGGGCCGGCAACUGGUGGAAGUUGCAGCGAGUCCGUGUGGCUUUUUGGGGGUUUUCUUGUGGGAAAACCCCAGGGAGAGCAGAGCCCUUCUCGCCCGCCACGUAGCCUGCUUGGGGUGUUUCUGCCUGCUGCCUCGCCACAUUGCCUUCUCUCCAGCCUGUAGCCCCAGCCUGGGCCAGCAGGCUCGGUGGGAGCACUAGCCCCUGUCUAGCCAUGGGCAGGCGUGUGUGCCAACAUUGGGUUGCGAUUGAGAUCCAGCUUCAUCUCCUACUCCCAGGAGUACAGGCACUGUUAGGUGUUGGUUAGGUCCCCGGGGUGGUUUUGUAUGCCAGUGUGCUGGGUGGCUUGGGACAAGUGUCUUUCUGUGGCUGGGUUUCCCUUCAUAAAGUAGAACUGACCUCCUGAGUGAAGGGUAUUGAUACGGAGGGAGAGCGCUACAGAAGAGUGCUUAUCUUUAUAGUAAGUGAUAAGAGUAGAGCUGUUUGCUCUGAAGCAUUGCACUUGUGUUUAUAUAUGUCAAAAUAUACAAUUAAGAGCGUAGCUAAUAUUAAGUUUAAAUAUUUGAUGUAUGUAUAUUUUAUAUAUAUCAGUUCUCUGGUAAGUGCUACACACCUGCAUGACCUUUCCCAAGUUUUGAAAGGUCCUACAGAUUCUUGAGACGUGCUGCGUGUCUCAUGUUUGUGUUACUCCAGCUCUAAAUGUCUGUGCAGCUUCAGUUUGCAAGUUGAGGGUCUGCUGUGGACAUAAAAUACUUUGAGAAAAAUGUAAGUAGUAAUUAAAUAUAGUAUACUCUGGCAAAAAUGUAAAAUCAAUGAAAAGGCUGUCAGUUGGAAGUGUUUCUAUGCCACUCGCCUUGGGGAAACUAGCAUGUUAAAUUUUAUUUAAUAUAUAGUUGUUAAAUGGAUUAACUAUCUUCUUAUUUCACCUUUCUCCUCCAUUGUUGAAUUACAUACCUUGCUGCUUUGUUCACAGGAAGUUCAUGAAGUGGAUCAUGGUCUUAUUAGCCAGCUACUUGCUGAUUCAGAGGAGACUCUUAGUUCGUGCACAGAGAAAAUGCAAGGUCCUGCUCAAUACAGCUGGAGUGCUGACUGGAGCUUUUGGCUCUCAAGUUCCACUUACAAAUAUAGGAGUGAGGAAUUCAAGAGACAAUUUUCGCAUCUGCCAGACUCAGAGAGACUCAUAGUAGAUUAUGCCUGUGCACUCCAGAAGGAUAUCCUGCUGCAAGGACGCUUGUAUCUCUCUGAAAACUGGCUCUGUUUCCACAGCAACAUUUUCCGAUGGGAGACCACAAUUUCUAUAGCCUUGAAGGAUAUCACCUUCAUGACAAAGGAGAAGACUGCUCGGCUCAUUCCAAAUGCCAUACAAAUAGCAACAAAAGGAGAGAAGUUUUUCUUUACGUCAUUCAGUGCAAGAGACAGAAGCUACCUCAGUAUCUUCCGCUUAUGGCAGAAUGUGUUGCUGGAUAAGAGGCUGACCAAGCAGGAAUUCUGGCAGCUGGUGCACCAGAGCUAUGGCUCUGAGCUGGGCCUGAACAGCGAGGAGAUGGAGAGCUUCCACUCAUCGUCUGAGGACAACGGCCAGUCUCGAUCCAGCAUUUGUGAUGAUUCUGGAGAAAGGGAUGAAAAACUACCUAAAAUGAUUGGUUUAGUUCGGGAACCCACGCUUCAAACAGAAGGAGAGUCACUCAAUAGACAUGUGUUGCCAGGAGUGGAGGAGUCCCCAACUGAGAAGCAAAUAAAGAAGAGCCCUCUUCCAACCUCAGAAAGAAAACCUGUUAAGCUAGUCAGGAGCAGGUCUUUAGAAAAGUCCUUGGACCUGAAUGAGAAUGAAAAUUUUCCAGAGAAGAGCAGUGCCUCAGAUAGUGAAGAAGCAGUGAAGGAGACUGUCUCUGAGAAUGAUCUCUAUGGGAGACUUUUUAUAAAUAGAGUUUUCCAUAUCACUGCAGACAAGAUGUUUGAAAUCCUUUUCACCAAUUCUCACUUCAUGCAGAGGUUUCUGAAUUCCAGGAGUAUAGUAGAUGCUGUAUCGACCCCUUGGAAUAGAGAUUCCAAUGGCAAUCAGUUGAGGACUUUGACGUACACUGUAACGAUUAACAAUCCACUUUGUGGGAAGUUCACUACUGCAACUGAAAAGCAGAUCCUGCAUAAGCAGAGUCAGAAAGGUCAGUCCUAUCAGGUGGAUGCUGAGGUACUCACCCAUGAUGUCCCCUACCAUGAUUAUUUCUACACUGUGAACAGAUAUUACAUCAGCCGCACAUCCAGUCACAAGUGUCGAUUACGGGUUUCUGCAGAAGUGAAGUACAAAAAACAGCCUUGGGGCCUUGUCAAGUCUGUAAUCGAGAAGAAUACCUGGGGAGGAAUACAGGAAAACUUCAAACAACUUGAAUCGGAUCUCCUAAUGGAGGAAUAUGCAAUUAAUCAGUCUAUAGAAGACUCUGGAAAAUUAGUUGCUCUUAGACGAAGACGACGCACUUUACACCGGAGUCUAGCAGAAUCGCUUCCCAAACGUUCUUCCCAACACUCCUCUGGUGACAUGGGAGUAGAGUCCCAGGGCAGUAUAAUAGGAAGGAAAAGAGACGCUGUAAGUAGGACCACCACCAUCAUUGUAGUAAUGAGUGUCUUUUUGCUGCUCUUGGUCUUGCUGAAUAUAACACUGUUUCUCAAACUGUCAAAGAUUGAGCAUGCAGCUCAGUCCCUCUAUCAUGUCCAGCUUCAGGAAGAAAGCUCUUUGAACAUAUCCCCAGAAAUGGUAUCAAAAGAGGAGAUCCCUCAGUACGAUAAGGAACAGGUUAAACACGUGAAGGGAGUUUUGAGAGACUCAAUUGAAAUGCUUGAGCAGCUAAAGAUCUCCCUUUCCAUGCUCCAAAGAAGCUUUGACCACUUGAACAGGACACAGAGCGGCAAGACGGAGAGUUAAUAACCCACAUCGGCCUUUUUCCAUUCAAGACAUCGGAAGAAGAGAUGUGUGUGUUGAGGACUUGUUGGGUGUAGCGAUUGUAACUGUCACCUUUGGACUCUUUACUGUUUGGUUCAAAAACUGCACGGAAUAAAGGUUUCUGGACAGAA